AUGGGAGAAGAAAAAAAGGAAAAGAAGGAAAAGAAAGAGAAGAAGGAGAAAAAAGAAAACAAAGAAGAAGAUGCAGGGGCUCCAGCAGAAGAUAAAAAAGAGACAGCAAGUAGUGGAGGCGGUGGUGGUGGUAAACGAGCUCAAAGAGCCACUUCAAAUGUUUUUGGAAUGUUCCCUCAAAAUCAAAUUCAAGAAUUUAAAGAGGCCUUUACGUUGAUCGAUCAAAAUCGUGACGGAUUUAUUGAUAUUGAAGAUUUAAAAGAUAUGUACGCAUCGUUGGGUCGGACACCAACUGAUAAAGAAUUAAAAGAAAUGUUAGAUGAAUCACCUGGUCCAUUGAAUUUCACAAUGUUUAUCAAUUUAUUUGGUGAAAAACUAAAUGGUACUGAUCCUGAAGAUGCACUACGUAAUGCAUUUGCAAUGUUUGAUCCAGGGAACAAACGAUAUUUAGAAGAAGAAUACAUUAAAGAUCUUUUAGAAAAUAUGGGCGAUAAUUUUUCUGCUGAAGAGAUAAGACAAACGUGGAAAGAAGCUCCAAUUAAAGAAGGCAAAUUGGAUUACGAUGCAUUUGUAAAUCUCAUAAAGAGAGGCAAUCAAGACAUUUAGGACCAACAUUUCUAUAGAAAGGGUGAAAAAUAAACGAAAUUCAUUCCCUUGCAUAUUCAGUCCCUUUUCCAUUUAUUAUACCUUAAUGAAUAAAAUUCCCUGUUUUCACGCUAUACCAAAUACAUGCUUUCCCUGCUCUGUUUUGUUCUAGUUUCAGAAAUAUUGUUGUAUGUAUUAGAUUUCUUUUAUCUUUGAUGGUUAAUAUUCUUCUCAUUAUUCUGCAUGACUAGUACAAUAUUUAUGAGAGUUAUUUGAAUCGUUAUUUUCUGUUGGAAGGUUUAUUUAGUUUUAUUUUCAUUCGUUGAAACCUUUCCAGCUUUUGUCAACUAUUCAUUCCGUGUUGUGCUUUAGUUGUUGUGACCUUUAUAAUAAUUUAGCUUAUGAGAUAAAGCGUGUUAAAGAAUCCAAUUAUAGGUGAACGGGGACAGAUAUUAGUUAUUUUCAGAUAUGUUAAUUGCUGGUGAUCGAUUAAUCUAAAAGCCUUAUAUGUUAUAAUUAAUCUGCUUACUUAGUCGCUCAAAAAUCGCCAUUCUUCCAUUGAUUAUACUUAUUUAAAAACGACCAGGUUCUUAAUGGACCAGAUCUCUAUAGUCUUUUGUAUCUAUCUUUCUUGUUGUUGAAUAUCUUUUCACUUUAUUCUAUUCUUAGAAAGUGUGCUUGAGAAAAGAAACUUCGAUUUAGCAUUGAAACCUUUCGUCACCGAUUCUUGUAUCAAGCAUUUACUCAAAGGAGAGGACAUUCCAUUCAAAUGUCCAAGUUUGUGUUUGGUUUAUUGGCGAUACAAAAUGGUCCUUAGCAUAUACAUUUUUCAGGACCAUAGGCUUAGAAACGACACGAGACGAAAUGUUUCUAGUUUUCUGAAGAAAAGCCUGGACGAUGUAUACCAUGGGUUAAUUUCAGUAGCUAAUAAACAAUAUCAAUCAUUGGGCAAAAGUGAAACGAAUAUUUUUCUGCUGGAGACUAACUAAUUUCGUUGUGUUAUUCUCCAUAAAUUAAGCGUUGAUCUUGAACGGUGAUGACCCCAGGUAAAUUGAACCUUACUGAUUAAAGUGUUUUCAAUCUGGGUUGGUUCAUUGCAAUCGAAGUGGUUUUUUCACUUACAAAUGAAAUAUUUAUUCAUAUUACUUCCUAUAUGUACGUUUGAUGUGACAACGCGUUUUCUUGAACUUUAAAGUUUGUUUCUUAUUAUUUUCAUGAAUGUUCUGUCCCUAUGUAUUACUUGUACACAUUAUUUUAUGGAACUGUUGAGUAUUAUGCGCGUUUUAUUUCUUUCAUUUUUGCUUUACAGUUGUUUCAAUACAUUAUUCAUUUAGUUAAUUUGAUCG